CCUGCCUUCCCCGGCUGCAGCUGCAGAGUCUCGGAAGGCGAUGAAGAGGUCGGAGCCAUUGGCUGCUCUCCGCCGGGGAGAGGCGUCCUGCUCCUCCUGGGGAGCUUGCAGUGCAAGUAAAAAUUUACCUACCAUGUCUACAGAAUCUGUGGAAAUCGAUGAUGGAUUAUACAGUCGACAGAGAUAUGUUCUUGGUGACACAGCAAUGCAGAAGAUGGCCAAGUCCCGUGUCUUCUUAAGUGGUAUGGGUGGUCUUGGAGUAGAAAUUGCAAAGAAUCUUGUUCUUGCAGGGAUUAAAGCACUGACAGUUCAUGAUACAAAAAAAUGCCAAGCAUGGGAUCUAGGGACCAAUUUCUUUCUGUGUGAAGAUGAUGUUGUUAAUGAGAGAAACAGGGCUGAAGCUGUACUUCGUCAUAUUGCAGAACUAAAUCCAUAUGUUCAUGUCUCGUCAUCCUCUGCCCCUUUUGAUGAAACCACAGACCUCUCCUUCUUAGAAAAAUACCAGUGCAUAGUAUUGACUGAGAUGAAACUGACAUUACAAAAGAAGAUCAAUGACUUUUGCCAUUCUCACUGCCCUCCCAUUAAGUUUAUUAGUGCAGAUGUACAUGGAAUUUGGUCCAGGUUGUUUUGUGAUUUUGGUGAGGAAUUUGAAGUUUCAGAUACAACAGGAGAAGAACCAAAGGAAAUUUUCAUUUCAAACAUAACGCAAGCUAAUCCAGGCAUUGUCACAUGCCUUGAAAAUCAUCCUCACAAGCUUGAGACGGGACAGUUCCUAACAUUUCGAGAAAUUAAUGGAAUGACAGGUUUAAAUGGAUCUGUACAACAGAUAACUGUGGUGUCACCGUUUUCGUUCAGCAUUGGUGAUACUACAGAACUGGAUCCAUAUUUACAUGGAGGCAUAGCUGUGCAAGUGAAGACUCCUAAAACAUUUUGCUUUGAAUCCCUGGAGAGGCAGCUCAAACAUCCCAAGUGCCUUAUUGCAGAUUUUAGCAAACCUGAGGCACCUUUACAGAUUCAUGCCGCUAUGCUUGCCUUGGACCAGUUUCAGGAAAACUACAAUCGUAAGCCAAAUAUCAGAUGUCGGCAAGAUUCAGAUGAACUGUUGAAACUAACAAUAUCUAUAAGUGAGACACUGGACGAGAAGCCUGAAGUGAAUCAUGACAUUGUGCAUUGGCUCUCUUGGACUGCUCAAGGCUGUUUAUCCCCACUUGCUGCAGCAGUGGGAGGUGUUGCCAGCCAAGAAGUAUUAAAAGCUGUGACAGGGAAGUUUUCUCCUUUGUGCCAAUGGUUGUAUCUUGAAGCAGCAGAUACUGUCGAAUCCCUAAGCAGUCCUGUUCGUGAAGAGUUCCUCCCACGAGGAGAUAGAUAUGAUGCCUUGCGAGCCUGCAUUGGAGAUACAUUAUGUCAGAAGCUUCACAAUCUAAGUGUCUUCCUAGUAGGGUGUGGUGCCAUAGGCUGCGAAAUGUUAAAAAACUUCGCCUUACUGGGUGUUGGUACAAGCAGAGAGAAAGGAUUGGUUACAGUUACAGAUCCUGAUUUGAUAGAAAAAUCCAACCUAAACAGACAGUUCCUGUUUCGUCCUCAUCACAUACAGAAACCUAAAAGCUAUACUGCUGCUGAAGCAACUCUGAAAAUAAAUCCUCAAUUAAAAAUAGAUGCACAUCUGAACAAAGUUUGUCCUGCCACUGAGAUUAUAUACAGUGAUGAAUUUUACACUAAGCAAGAUAUCAUUAUUACAGCACUAGAUAAUGUGGAAGCCAGGAGAUAUGUAGACAGCCGUUGCUUAGCAAAUCUCCGGCCUCUCCUAGAUUCUGGAACAAUGGGCACAAAGGGACACACUGAAAUUAUUGUACCUCAAUUGACUGAAUCCUAUAAUAGUCACCGGGACCCCCCAGAAGAGGAAAUACCAUUUUGUACUCUGAAGUCCUUUCCAGCUGCUAUCGAACAUACUAUCCAGUGGGCAAGAGACAAGUUUGAAAGUUCCUUUUCGCACAAGCCUUCAUUGUUUAACAAAUUUUGGCAGACCUAUCCUUCUGCAGAAGAAGUCUUACAGAAAUUGCAAAAUGGACAGAGUUUAGAAGGUUGUUUUCAAGCUAUUAAGCUACUUAGCAGAAGACCUAGAAAUUGGUCCCAGUGUGUAGAAUUAGCAAGAUUGAAGUUUGAAAAGUAUUUUAACCAUAAGGCUCUACAACUUCUUCACUGUUUUCCUCUUGACACACGAUUAAAAGAUGGCAGUUUAUUUUGGCAGUCACCAAAAAGGCCACCUUCUCCAAUAAAAUUUGAUUUAAAUGAAACUUUGCAUCUCAGUUUUCUUCAGAAUGCUGCAAAACUAUAUGCUACAGUAUAUUGCAUUCCAUUUUCAGAAAAGGAUUUAUCAGUGGAUACCCUCAUGGAUAUUCUUUCAGAAGUUAAAAUUCAGGAAUUCAAACCUUCCAACAAGGUUGUUCAAACAGACGAAACUGCAAGGAAGCCGGACCAUGCUCCCAUCUCCAGUGAAGAUGAGAGGAUUGCUAUUUUCCAGCUAGAAAAGGCCAUUUCAUCUAACAAAGACACCAAAAGUGACCUUCAGAUGGCAGUGCUUUCAUUUGAAAAAGAUGAUGACAGUAAUGGACACAUAGAUUUCAUCACAGCUGCAUCCAACCUUCGAGCCAAAAUGUAUAGCAUUGAACCAGCUGACCGGCUUAAAACUAAGCGCAUUGCUGGUAAAAUUAUCCCUGCUAUAGCAACAUCUACUGCUGCAGUUUCUGGCUUGGUUGCCUUGGAGAUGAUCAAAGUAGCUGGUGGUUAUCCCUUUGAAGCUUACAGAAACUGUUUCCUUAAUUUAGCCAUUCCAAUAAUAGUGUUUACAGAAACAUCUGAAGUAAGAAAAACUGAAAUCAGAAAUGGAAUAUCAUUUACGAUUUGGGACAGAUGGACUGUUCACGGAAAAGAAGAUUUUACCCUCUCAGAUUUUAUAAAUGCUGUCAAAGAGAAAUAUGGAAUUGAGCCAACGAUGGUGGUACAGGGAGUCAAAAUGCUUUAUGUUCCUGUAAUGCCGGGUCACGCAAAGAGGUUAAAGUUAACAAUGCACAAACUUGUGAAACCUUCCACUGAGAAGAAAUAUGUAGAUCUUACUGUGUCAUUUGCCCCAGACACUGAUGGAGACGAAGAUUUGCCAGGACCUCCAGUAAGAUACUACUUCACCCAUGAUACGGAUGAAUAGAAGCUGUCGGAGUUACUUCAGGACUACUGUAUUUUGGAAAGUGUACUUAAUUCAGAAGCUAAAAUAAUGAGCUCAAUACUGUGGAUUUCUUUUGCCUUAAUUUAAGGGAAACAUCAGCAGGAAACGUAUCUACACUGAAGAAUUAAAAAACAUUUUGGAGCAUAGUACACAUCUGUUGCUUCGUGUGGCUAUGAUCACAGCAACUUCGAACUGGAAUACCAUUUUCUAAUGCUUACAAGUUUGUAUAUUAAGCCUUGUGGAUAAAAAGGAACAAAGAAAGCAUUUAUCUAUGACCAGAAGAAAUAGAAAAUAGUGAAUCCCAGCCAUUAAAAAAGCUAAAUCCCAUUUUAAGGCUUUUUUUUUUUUUUUGGUGUUUGAUACCCAUUUUCCAAUAUGAAUAGUGUGAUACUGUACCUCUGACAUAAUUAGGCUUUGAAAAUUCCAUAGCUCUGAAGGGGGUGGGAUGGUAGAGAUUACAGUUGUGUGGCUACAGUUAGUAUCCUGCUACUUCUGCCAACGAUUUGUUGUGUUACUUCCUCCCGUACAUCAAGCGUUUUGCUGAUAUGGUCGGUGUUAUGAGCCAUGAGGUGGUGGCGUGUUAACAUGGACUAAAUGUUAACAGUAUUAUAUGCACUCUACAAUUGUCAGAAAAUCCAUGAAUGUGAGCAGAUAAAUAUGGCUAAUCAUUUGAUUGUUAAUAUGCUUUUAUUUUAUUUAUCUGGAACUCUAAACUAGUCAGUAUAUAAGACUGAAAUUUUUAUAAAGGGUCUAUCCUUAGAAAUAGAUGGAUAUAAAAUUAAUGUUAGUAGAGUUGUCUUUUUUCCUUCCAUCAAUAUAAUGGAGAAAAAAAGUGGGUUUUUGUUUGUUUGUUUGUUUGUUUUAAGGAAACAUGUCAUUUUACUCUUCAUUCCCAAAAGGGGAAUUGACAAAGAGAGAGAAAUUAUAUUUUUUUAAGUUUUUCUUCAUUGAGAGGAAUGCUCUAUUUCCUAAUAUAAACAGUUGCAAUUAAUAAUAUGAUUGUGUUCAUUAAAAGGUACAAACAGAACUUGGCUGUAAAAUCAGUGAAAACAGCAAGCAAAUGACUUUUUUACAAGGGUUAGCAUACAUUCUAAACAUCAAGCGCUUACAGCCUCUGAAAGUCACUUGCCUGGAGCCCCUGCUCUUAGAGUUCAGACCAUUAGUAGCUACUUUGAUGGAUUCAAAUUUAGAUUACAUCAGUAUUACUCCAGCUCCCAGCAUCUCUUUACCCCCUGUACUUAUUUUCCAUUUAUAGAUAAUUUAAAAUCCUGUGUUAACCCAGGUUUGCUCUCCUCCUCCUCUUAUUGACGGAUCCAAUUGGAAAAUGAGUGAGUUUGUAACAAGGUAUUCUGUUCAUUGAGAGAUGGAGAAAAGUGGCAGGGUCCAUCUUAAAUGGCUACAUCUGAAAUAAAUACUGUUUUGUCAUCCUGUGCUCUUCUGUUGUGCAUAUUCCUAGUAUAAUGUUCAAAAUUAGUGUCAUAUAAAAUUGAUACAGGAACAUCAAAGGCUCUGUGGCUUAGACGUUAAAAGGUUAGGAAUAAUAAAAGGAACUUCGUUUUUUUUAAAAAAAAAAAUGCCCCUUUUUCCUAGUUUUUACUUGUCUUCUUUUCUUUGGUAGUGAUGUAUUUUCUAGGUAACCAUUCAGCAGUCCUCAAACAUGAACCAGUAGCUUGGCUGUGUUUUCCUAGGUCUCCACAUCUUUAAUAAAUAAAUAAAUUUUAAAAAAAAAGAAAUAAAGAAAGAAAAAGGGAAAAAA